AUGCGUGUCGUGGCGCUUAUUAGUGGGGGGAAAGAUGGCAUGUUUUCCAUUUUAGAAAGUGUCUCUCAGAAUCAUGAAGUUGUUGCUCUAGUGAAUAUGCAGCCUCCAUCUACUGAAGAAGAUACUGUAGAGAUUGAUAGUUAUAUGUUUCAAACUGUUGGUACCGAAGGGGUUCGUUUUCUUUCGGAGGCUUUGAAUGUACCUCUUUACCAAUCGAAGAUAAAUCGUGUUGCCAUCUGUCGUUCUCGUACCUAUGAGGUAUCACCUGGCGACGAGGUUGAGGAUCUUUUCAAUCUUCUGUUACAUGUUCGCAGGAACCAUGCUGAUGUCGGGGGCCUGGUUUCUGGUGCGAUCUCAUCGAAUUAUCAACGCGAGCGCAUUGAGAACGUUUGUGAACGGCUUUCCUGGGUUUCAUUGACUUAUCUCUGGCAAAGAGAUCAAAAGGAGCUCUUGCUUGAUAUGGUUGGUGCUGGAUUGAUGGCGAGGAUUGUUAAGAUAGCCUCUUAUGGAUUAGAAAUAGAACGCGAUCUGGGCUGCUGGAUUGCCGACUUUGUUCCGCUUGCGUUUUGUCUCGCAGACGAUUCAAACUGCGCACUGAAUCCUUGUGGUGAGGGCGGAGAGUAUGAGACAUUCACCUUUGAUUGCCCACUAUUUUCCAAGCGCAUCAUUCCACUUGGGGAACCGAAAGUCGUUAUUCAUUCUAGCGAUCCCUUCUCGACUGUAGCCUACCUUCGAUACAAGGGUUUCCGGUUAGAGAAUAAGAAUAUGGCCGAAAUUCGCUCCUCCAGAGAAGCCUUGUUGGACAUUGCUAGGGAUGUUGCUGUCGGAGAUGUUAUAGCGCAUAGACGUCCUUUCGUUUCUACUGAGGAAAGACUAGCAGCCCUUACUGAUGCUGUACCUUCAGAAAUAUCUCGAGACAUAUCCAAUGCGAAAAAAUGGCACUACUCUCUCGAAGAUUAUGCUUCACUAACCCCUGUUAAUAGCACGCUUGGGGUUCUUAGUUUGCCUGGUGGGCUUCUAUCAACGCCUACGUGCAUAGGAGUGGAUCGUUCGUCGGUCGAAAUGGAGCUGCAUUUACGUGUUAAGUGCGCGACUCAAGAUGCCCUUUUUAAGCUGGGGUCACUGCUAAGCAAUUUUGGUCUAAAAUUUGAUGAUGUAAUUCAUUGCCACCUGACUACGAAUGUUGAACUCUCGGAUUCCAGCAUUCUUGGCUCAAUCAAUAAUUUGUUCAAGCAUAUUUUUGACAUUCCUUCUGCAAGACGUCGUCGGAUCGGAAACGUGCCCCCGAGUCUAGUCUUUCUUUCAUCUCCGUGGUCUCCUGAUACCCUUAAUCGGUUCUCUGAUGUUAAGGUAGGAGAUCUUCAGUUGACCUAUGGAUUGUGCUUUACGGGUUUCCCUGAGAAACCAAAAGGAUUAAUAGGCGAUCUUGUCAUAUGCUCCCAGGUAUUCAAAGAUGAAAUAGUCGUAGCGAUCUCCAGCAUCGCUGUUGCUGUCGAAAUGCAACAAAUCGUGGAUGUAGAGGCGAUGCGAGUGCGCUCGCUUUCCUACUGGGCGCCGGCUGCUUCUGCCUCCCAUAGCCAGGCAAUUCGAGUUGCCUCUGAGUGCCUCUACUCUGGCCAGAUUGGGCUGGUUCCCGAGACAAUGGAGCUUCCACCGCCUUCAACUCCUUCUGUACUCCAGUGGGAAGGCUUGCAACCUCACAUCGAACAGCAGUGCUGGCUUGCUUUGAGGCAUACGCAUCGGGUUAUUAAGGUGAUGGAACCGAGUGGCUGGCGAUCUCUCUUCUACUCUGUUGUCUACGCCACUAGCCUCGAUGUUCUGCAGAGGGUGCGGGAUAACUUCCAUGGAACGGUUUGUGGCUCAAUGACAGCAGCAGACAGCAGGGUCUGGUGUGCAUGUGACACACGGGUGGCCUGGGCGGUGGUUAAUGCCCUGCCAAAGGGCUCGGUGGUGCAAUGGCAGUUUGCUACUUCCCGACGCCCUCUCCACCGUCCCGUAAUAAUGGCCGCGGUUGCUGCGGAUGAAAUUCCUCCUCUUGUCGAUCCUCAUUCAAUCUGCAUGUUGACCUCUUCCAGUUCGCGCGUAUUCGGAUAUUUUUUGCCCACAGUAUUUAGUCGCGUGGCUGAAUUUACCGCCCAGAAUGGCAUUCGUUUUGAGUCCACGACCUUUUUACAAUCACUCACUAAACCUAGCACCUUUCCUUCAAAGACAGAUGUUGGGCUUAACAGCCCCGACCCUUCCCAAUAUUGUCAUAAUUUGGGAGUUAAGGAUUCCGUAUCUGUUUUGGAAAACUGGAUUACGAAGCUAGAUAUAGAUCACCACUAUCCUCGUUUAUCUGAGGCCCGCAACCUUGCAGCUCUUGUUCCACAUAAUGAAUGCCUUCGGAAACUAGUUGAACUUGGUGCAGACCUUUCGCGAAUGGAGUCGGAACCUGGGGUAGCCAAUCUUGUAGUCAAGACUGACUUCAAUGCCACCAUCGCUCCUAAACUUUGGUAUCUCAACAGUUUCGGAUUUGAGCUACCUCAUUUGUCUCGUAUCAUGACUUGCGCCCCCAAACCAAUCAUAAAGGAGUUCAUCAACUAUGAGUUUCAUCAACUAUCUCUACGCAGGCCCCUCUACACACCGCUGGAUGCCAUUGUUGAGGGUACUGAUGUUAUUCCAAAGAUUAGGACGCCACUUAAGUAUGACGAUUCGGUUAAGUCAAUCAAGUAUUUGACACCGCUGAGAGCCGUUAGCGAGUACAUGCUUUCUACAGCAGAUUUAGACAAGCUUCCCAGAUAUUAUAGUCGCAGUCCUUAUUCAAACGAGGUUCGGACGCAAGUGUUUCUUCGGUCCGAUGUCGAAAAAUUGGCGCUGGAAAAGCAUGGCGGUCAAGAAGCCUUUGAAAAACGUAGAAAUCUGGUAAAGGAUUUGGAAAGGAAGGCUACAAUAGAAAGGUUUGCUCGCAGACGACUAAACAAAGAUGUGGCUCAGUCUUACAAAUCAGAAUCCAGCACUCAAAACUCUAACAUGGUGAUGAAUCAUUCGUGGAGAGCCGGUCCAGGAAAGGUCGUAUUGAUGGCCAUAAUUGUAAAUGGACUCAAUGUUGUGGCCAAGGGGUUGGCAUGGUGGUACACCGGCUCAAAGAGCAUGUUCUCCGAAAUGAUGCAUUCGGUAGCCGAUACACUUAAUCAGGUUGUUCUUGCCUACGGGCUUCGCUCUUCUCUUCAGCAGCCCGACCUGGAUCAUCCCUACGGUUACUCGCGGAUGCGGUGCAUCUCAUCUCUGAUAAGUGGAGUAGGGAUAUUUUUUCUCGGUUCGGGUUUCACUUUUUACCACGCGUUGCAGGGCAUAGUGAUGCCGCUGGGGUUGGAGUAUACCUCGAUGUACGGCGCAAUUGGAGUAGCACUGGGUUCCCUCGUAACGGAAGGCUCGACUCUCUUGGUGGCUUACAAGGAAGUAAAGCUGAAGACAAAGGAGAAUGGAUUUGAAUCAAUACGAGCCUAUCUCCUCUCUGGUACUGCUGAUCCGAGCACUGCAGUGGUCCUCCUUGAGGACUCUGCUGCUGUGCUGGGCGUACUUGUCGCUGGUGCUGCUCUCUCCGCUUCGUUUCUCACUGGCACUGCUUGGCCCGACACCCUUGGAGGUAUUGCUAUUAGCGGAAUCCUGGCUAUCGUCGCUGGUUUCAUCGUUCGUACAAAUGCUGACAUCCUCCUCGGCAAAUCCAUAUCACUGGAAAAGCAGGAGAGAAUUAUGCGUUUCAUUGAUAAUGCGAAGAUCAUUCGGGGCACUUACGACACCAAAGCAAUGUUGAUGGGCGGAGGCAACGCUGUCCGGCUAAAGGCCGAGGUUGACAUUGAUGGUCGCGAGUUGACUCGUAGGUACCUUGAAACCUUGCCGCUGAGUACGCUUUUGGCAGUAAGUACGAUUAGUCGUUUUAUUGCUUUUUAUGUUAAUAAUUUUGGCUUUAUCUCUGGCUUUGCAGCUGAGGCGAUUAACUACACUUCCAUGGAUCAUGGCGCAUACGUGGAAAUUGUCCGUGCUUUCGACUAA